AGGUAAUAAAUCAAAUGGAUAACCACAUUGGUGGUGCUAUGAAUUCAGCAAUAAAAAAUGAUCAAUCAGAUGACGGUGCCAAUCCGCCUGUGAAAAAUGUUAUCAGCUCCUCCAACAAGAGAAUGUUCAAUUCGCAAAGUUCGACUCCUUCUGGAAGUAGUCUAUUCUUGGUUGAUCAAAUACCUUUUAUUCUAGUGCAAAGCAACAGAAAUCUGGAUUUUUUGCUCGACAAUAUGAUUGAUGAGAUGAAAGAGUUACUGUGUCCUGUUGGAAUGAGAAAAUCAGAAUUGGGCGAUUCUCAAAACCCGAUGGACAUUUUAUUGCAAGUUGCCCAGGUUCCUGUAAAUCAAAGGAAUCUGCGAUUUUAUUAUCUCGUGGGCCAGGUGAUGCUUCGCGCAACCUACGAAAAGAAACAUAUCUUUGAGGGAUUGUGUCAAAUGGUUCUUGGCGAAGGAUCGCAGAAAGAAGCAGGAUCAAUAUCUAUCAAAAUUCCAAAGCACAUACUGCCAAAUGAUGUCACUGAAGGAAUGGUGGAUGUGCUAUACCAGUCGUUGCUAACUCGAAUGGGACCGAGCAAUGAGUAUAUCAAUAAGUGGUUUGAUAGACUAAAUGAGAACAAGAUCGGUGAAGAAAUUAUUCUCAAAGUACCAACAACUAUUGCCGAACUCAAAUCUUUGGCAGUCGCCUUUUUUGAUUGGCUUCAUGCGAACAAGGAUGUAUUCUUGAAAAACUCAAGCUUGAGUAAAUUGGCAAACACUCCAGUCACUGAUCUUUCAGAAGAUAAAGGCCACGUUCAGAAUGCAAACGAAAUCGAAGAAAAUGGAAACAAUCGCAAAGAAAAUAAUGUAUAUGUGAAAAGGUGUCGCAGUUCGAGCAUUUGACUUGAGUUUCACAUUAAAAGAUCAUAUCAAUCAACAUGACCAAUGCAUUCCUCUGCUCCUGGCGUUUUACUUGUAGCCUUUAAUUUUUGAUGGGUACUUUUUUACUUUGUAGCAAAUCUUACAAAUGUUCUUUGUCGUUGUUUUUUAGUUGUUUAAAUUGUAUUCUAUUACAUUCGUUUGUCUUCAAUGUGGGUUUUAAGGAAUUCGUUCACUUUUGAUUCUUUUUCAGAUCUAUGAAAAUAAUUGUCGUCUAAACUUUUCAAAUAAAAUGUCGGUUAAUUAAU